CGGCAGAUCGUUUCCUUGCGUCUUGUGACCAAAUGAUGACGAUACCCCCCAGCAGCCCGGCCCGGCCUGUCACAUAUCGAAAACAAGGCUCGUAUGGACUAUCGGAAGAAGGCUUGAAAGGCUUGAUUCGUCAUGAGGCCCGUCUUCACCAUCUCCGCUCUGCUGGAGCCUGAUAAACAAAAUAUUGCCCCAAGACUUGAUGACUUAUCAUCUCGCUUGUUGGACCCAUCGACUCCAUUGACUGUAGAAGCCAUCCAAUACUCCCUCAUCCCCCUGAUAACUCCUGUCAAGUCGAGACUCUUUUAUUAUUAUCCAUCUCCAAAGUUCCAUCGUAUCCAUCCUCCCUAUCAUCACAUCCAUCAUCUCUAUCCUCGAAACUUUACCUCAUCCCUCCUCCACCUUAUCACAAAUACACAAUGGCACACAAGCCAAGCAUAUGCACAAUGUCCCUGGGACGGUGCUUCGCCGGCCACGACCUCACACACAAGUUGGACAUGGCCCAGAAGUACGGUUUCACUGGUAUCGAGGUCUUCUACGAAGAUCUCGUAGACCUGGCCAAGUCGUUCCCUGGCGGAGACACACCUGAGAACCAAAUCUCAGCCGCCCGAACGAUGCGUCAACUCUGCGAUGCCCGAAACCAAGAAAUCAUCUGCCUCCAACCCUUCAUGCACUUCGGCGGCAUCGCCGAUCGUGAUGAGCACCGCCGAAGAUUGCAAGAGCUGCAGCUUUGGUUCGAGCUCGCCCACAUCUUGGGAACAGACCUUAUCCUCUUCCCCAGCAGCUUCCUCUCCCCAGACCAAGUCCUGGACGACAUGGACCUUACCAUUGCCGACUUUACCGAAGCGGCCGAUAUGGGUCUCCAGGAGUCACCGCCAAUCCGGUUUGCCAUGGAAGGCCUCUGCUGGGGUACCCGAGUCGAUACCUGGGAAGGCAGCUGGGAAAUCGUGAGAGGAGUUGACCGACCCAACUUUGGUGUCUGCCUCGACAGCUACAACAUUCUGGGCCGGAUCUACGCCGACCCAGCUUCCCCAACGGGAAGAACUCCGGACUACGAAGAAGCAACCAUGAAGUCGAUCAAGAGGAUCCUGUCCGAUGUCGACGUCACAAAGCUCUUCCUCAUCCAGGUGGCAGACGGCGAACGACUCGCCCAGCCCUUGGACAAGAACCACCCCUUCUACAACGCAGAGCAACCAUCUCGCAUGAGCUGGUCUCGCAAUGCCAGACUAUUUUACGGCGAGCCCCAAUACGGUGGCUAUCUCCCUGUAAAGCAGAUCCUCCGGGCCAUCGUCCAUGGACUUGGCUUCGAGGGGUGGCUGAGCUUUGAGGUGUUUAACAGGAGGUUGACAGAGACUGAUAAGGCAGUGCCAGAGGAGAUGGCCCGGCGAGCGGCCGAGUCCUGGGUGAAAAUGACGGCCGACGUGGGCCUGCGGACUGAAGACGCCAUGCAGCCAAGACUGCAGGCGAUGCUGUAAUAAGAUAAUGAGCCUUAGCGAGCCUCUGUAACGAUUUAUUGUAACGAUUCCUUUUUAUUCCAAUGAUG